AUGCGAAAGGUAUCAAAUGGUCUUUUUGAUGAAUCCGAUGUAAUCCCCUUUUUAUUUAUCUUUCGUACUUCAAUAGCAAAUUAUCGUCCGGUCGUUCUUUGGCAUGGAAUGGGUGACUCCUGCUGUAACCCAGACAGCAUGGGCAAGAUACAAGAGUUAAUCAAUGAAACUUUGCCAGGAACUUACACAUACUCGAUUAUGUUAGGAAAGGACGAAGGUGAAGACAAAAAAGCGG